ACCUCAAACCAAAACCCCAACUCCUUUAAACCUUCGUCAAAAACCCUACAACAAAAAGAAAAGGACAUUCAAUUUCUUCAUCCAUUUUCUAAAAUUUCCCCAAAUUGAAACCUCAUUUCGGGAAAAAAAUGAGCUCCAAGCUUUUGGGGUUCCUAAAUCGACUAACUUCAAGGCUAAAUCAAUCUCAAAGUUCAUCAGAAAAAGCCCUAAUUUUGAGCUCAAGCUUCAUCAAUGGUGAAAGGAGCUACCACAUUCGUGCAAAAAAAGGGAGUGAGACGUUGUAUUCGAAGAUAAGCCCGCUUGGAAGUCCCGGAAUCAGCGUGAAGCCGGAGCUUGAUGGUUGGGUUGAUAAGGGCAAGAAUCUUAGCUUCGACGAACUUAUGAGAAUCAUCCAUGAUCUCCGCAAGCGAAAGCGGUUUACUCAAGCUCUCGAGGUUUCAGAAUGGAUGAACGAGAAAGGGGUUUGUAAAUUCACAUCAGUUGAACAUGCAGUACAGUUGGAUCUCAUUGGUAGAGUCCGUGGUUUUCUGUCUGCAGAGAGCUAUUUCAAUAGCUUACCUGAACAAGACAAAACCAAUAAGACAUAUGGCGCUCUUCUUCACUGUUACGCGCGACAACGCCAACUUGAAAAGUCCUUGUCACACUUUCAGAAGAUGAAGGAGAUGGGUUUUGCAUCUACAGCUCUCAAUUAUAAUGUCAUUAUGUGCCUAUACACGAAUCUUGGACAAUACGAGAAGGUUCCUGAGGUGCUAGCUGAAAUGAAGGAAAACAAGGUUUUACCUGAUAAUUACAGCUACAGACUGUGCAUCAAUUCAUAUGGAGCAAAAUCUGAUAUCGAGGCGGUAAAAAACAUUUUGAAAGAAGCAGAGACUCAACCUCACAUGGCAGUGGACUGGAACACCUAUGCAGUUGCUGCUAAUUACUACAUCAAAGCAGGACUCACAGACAACACAAUCGAUGCCCUGAAAAAGGCAGAGGUAAGAGUGGAUACAAAAGAUGGUAUUGCUUAUAAUCAUCUGAUUACUCUUUAUGCCAAAUUAGAAAAGAAGGAUGAAAUUUUAAGGCUGUGGGAACUAGAGAAGAGUGCUUGUAAGAGAUGUAUCAACAGGGAUUAUAUUAACGUGUUGGAAUCACUUGUGAGGAUUGACGCGGUAGAAGCAGCUGAGAAAGUGUUGGAGGAGUGGGAGUUAUCUGAUAAUUGCUAUGAUUUCCGGGUUCGUAAUAUUGUAACUGUAGCUCAUAUAGACAAGGGGUUGCUUGAGAAAGCAGAGGCAAUGCUGUUGACAGAGAAAGAAAAGGGUUCUAGUCCCAACACUUGGGGCUUAUUAGCAGCAAGGUACCUGGAAAAGGGUGAGAUGCAUAAAGCAGUUGACUGCAUGAAGGCAGGUUUAUCAUUUUAUGUUGAGAAUAAGGGUUGGAAAAUUAAUCAACAAGUCAGUUAUAGUCUUCUUAAUUGGAUUGGUGAUGAAGGCAGUGUUGAAGAUGUAGAAUCCUUUGUCAAAUUAUUGAGGAAAGCAGUUCCUGUGAGUAGACAGAUGUAUCAUGCUCUAAUCAAGUCACAUGUUCGAAAUGGGAAGGAUGUGGAUGGGCUUUUGGAGAAGAUGAAGGCUGAUAAAAUAAAGGAAGAUGAAGAGACGCGAAUUAUCCUUAGUACGAUACAACAGAAAGCUUCAUUAUCUGAACCCUUAUGAUAACGCAGUUCACUGAAGCUCGUUGAUUGAUUCAGGCAAUGCAGAUAUUUUCGAGAAUGAGGUGCAUUUUAACUGCAUUUGAAACCGUAAAGAUGCAGUGACAUGUCCCAAUGGUCACAAGCAUUCUUUUAUCAAGGAAUUUACAAACUUUCCCCCUCUUUUUUCUGUAAAAUUUUGAUAAACUUUUCUGAUUUUCUGAUCUUAUUUUCUAGGAGAUAAUCUGAUGUUGUCUAGCCGGAGGAAUGAGCCAAUUACAUGGUUUGUUUUAUUAUCAUGUUGUAGGACACUGAAAUUUUGUAAAUUUGUGGUGUCAAUUAUCUCAAUAAGAAAGAUAAUAUUUUAAAGA